AUGGAGGACUCCAUUGAUGUGAUUCUGCAAGACUAUGGCAGAAUCCGUCCUACCAACAGACCCAAUCCCGUCCUGUCUGCCUGCGUAGGUGCUCUGCUCACAGGCCUAUAUGGAGUAUGGAGAAUGUUUUCUAUGCCUGGAACUCGCAUAAUCCCGUCGAACCUCAUGGUUCCUUAUUUGCCCUCCAGUAAAGGUCAGACACUGAACAUUAUGCAGCUGCUUGAGGGACGAACAGGUUGCUUAGCAGAUCUGGGAUCGGGAGAUGGAAGACUUGUGUUUGCGGCCUCUUCUGCUGGUUUACAAUGCACAGGGUUUGAGAUUAACUCCAUUUUAGUGGCCUAUUCCAGGGGCAAGGCCUGCUGGAGAGCGGUGCCCUCAAGCCAGGCAACCUUUGUUAGGAAGACUGAUUUGUCUACGUACAACAAUGUGACUGCUUUCCUUUCUCCAGGUUUGAUGGAGGUGCUCGGUGAGAAGCUGUUAAAGGAGCUUCCUGAUGAUGCGUGUGUCCUAACUACUCGUUUGCCUUUCCCCAACUGGCCACAACGAACGUCUGUCGGCUCCGGUCUUGACCAGACUUUUGCUUAUGACAUCAGCACUGUGCGCUCACUUAGAAAAGUACAGAAAACAGUGGUGUCUUAAGUCACAGUCUCUGGGUUAUCUUGUUUUCUAAUCCUGUCAUUUCUCAACAACACUAAACCCUCCAGACACUUUUCUGUUUUUGUAGACCAAAAAUGUGAUAUUUAAAGAAAUGCCAGACAAAGAAAACACAUUUUUAGCAAGUAAUCAUGAACACUGGGGAUAUAAUUUGGUGAUAUCUGUCAGUUAUGAGCACUGCUCAGGAUGUAUCCUUUUGAAAGAUGUCUUUGAGCAUUGCAAGGAUGAGAGUGAUUCUGACUAAGUUUGACAUCCCUUAUCCCCUACAGUAUUUGUUUAACCGUUGCACCGCCAGGACAGACUGAGCCUUGUCAUCUUGCUGACAAUCUUGUUAUAAAUGCCACCGUGCACCACUAUCUAAAAUAUAGCUAUUCAUUUAUUUCUAAGAGCUCUUCCACUACAAAUAA